GUUGGAAAUCGGCGGGCCGGGCAGCGGGGCCCGGGGACGCCCGGGAUAUGGGUGCCGCGGCCGGCCUGGCUCAGCAGCUGCGGGCGGCGCUACAGGAGGAGGAGCCGCGGGCAGUGGAGGAGCUGCUGCGCCGCGGCGCCGACCCUAACCUGGUGCUUACUGAUGGCGCGGCCGCCAUACACUUGGCGGCUGGAGCCCGACACCCGAAAGGCCUGUGCUGCCUCGGGGUCCUGCUACGCGGAGGAGGGGACCCCAACGCUCGAUCGGCCGAAGCGUUGACGCCACUGCAUGUGGCCGCCGCCUGGGGCUGUCGCCGCGGCCUGGAGCUAUUGCUGAGCCAAGGAGCGGACCCCGCGCUGCGUGACCAGGACGGACUCAGGCCCCUGGACCUAGCGGUGCAGCAGGGGCACCAAGACUGCGCACGCAUCCUGUGCGAGCUGGACUCUCCGACCGCAGCCCGGGCAGAGGCCCAGGAGCCAGAGUCAGAGCCGGAGCCUGGCAGCCCAGGUGUCUCUGCGCCACCUGAUGUGACACUGGACUCCACAGCACUCCAAGCCCCGCUGAGCAGAGCUGACAGAGGGGACGUGGGCCUGGAGUCUGGCCCUGGAUCCCCCAACCUCCCUGCCGCCCUUGAGUGUGCAGACAAGGAUGGGGACUCAGAGGCCCCCCUCGGGUGCUGGGACUGCUCCUCGGAGGUCUCCUUCGUCACUGCAGUUGAGGUUUCUGGAGAUGAGGACCCAGCCCUGGACACUUCUCCCUGGGUCGGGUCAUUGCCCCAGACCACUCGGGGACGGCCUGAUCAUCCUAGUCAGAGGAUACCAAGGCCUGGAAGUGCCCCACAGCUGGUGCGUCAAGGCCACCAGGCCAUCAGGGAGGCAGAGCUGAGCACCUGUCUGCAGGCCCUGAGCCUGACCUGUCCCCAUACAGCAGGCUGCCCGCCUUCUCCCUCAGCCUCCCUCCUGGAUGGGAGCUCAGCCUGUAGCCCUCCACAGGAACAGCCACCUGGACCCCCCACCCUGAGCGAUGAUCAGACGUUCCUUGGUAGGGACGAGGCUGCCCUCUGGCUGACAGAGGAUGAGCUGAGCUCCACAGAGGGCAGGAACCCUGUCCUGUCUUGCCAGCACCUGCCAGUCCCUGCCAAAUCUGACCCGGAGCUGCCACAGGCACAUCAAGUGCUUGACAAGAGCCCUGGCCUCGUGGCGCCCUUCACCUGGCACCCCUACCGUCAACAGCCCGAAGAAGCCCGGGCCACCCCUGGCCCAGAGUUUUCCGGGUACAGUCCAGAACUGGCCAAGGCCCUACGGACAGGCCAUAUUCCAGAUGCUCAGUCCGAUGAAGAUGCACUUGCCCAGCAGUUUGAGCAACCAGAUCCCACGAAGAGGUGGCGGGAGGGGGUUGUAAAGUCCAGCUUCACAUAUCUGCUGCUAGACCCCAGGGAGACUCAGGAUCUGCCAGCCCGAGCCUUCUCGCUGACCCGAGCCGAGUGUUUUCAGAUUUUCGUUCGUGCCAUCUUCUAUGUGGGCAAGGGGACACGUGCCCGACCAGAUGCCCACCUCUGGGAGGCCCUUGGCUACCGUGGACGGCCAAGAAAACAGGCAUGCCCCAAAGUGCGCCAGAUCUUGGACAUCUGGGACAGUGGCCGCGGUGUCAUCUCCCUGCAUUGCUUCCAACACGUGGUGGCGGUGGAGGCUUACACUCGGGAGGCGUGUCUUGUGGAUGCUCUAGGAAUCCAGAAACUGACCAACCAGAAACAAGGGCACUACUACGGAGUGGUGGCAGACUGGCCCCGCCAUCGGCGACGGCGCUUGGGGGUGCAUCUGCUACACCGUGCCCUCCUUGUCUUUUUGGCCGAGGGCCAGCGAGAGCUGCGGCCUCAGGACAUCCAGGCCCGUGGCUGAGGCUGGGGAUUGGCUGUCCAGUUUGGGUGGAGGUCAGGGUAUUUGGGUAUCCCAGCUGCUCCAAGCUGACAGCACGGCCGCCUCUAGCUUCAGACGGCAGGAUGUGUAAGAGUGUGUGCGUGCCGUGCAUGUGUGUGUGGUGCGCUCGUGCCUGUGCGUGUGUAGGGAGCCCAGGGUCGGUCCCCCUGUCAGGCUGAGGGAGAACUGUGGGAGGGAGGCGCUGCUGGGGAGGCACGGUGCUCCUGUCAUGGAGAAGACCAGUGGGGAGCCACAGGGUGCUCUGGAACAGUGGGGCUUGGGCAGUUUGGUCCCAUCUGUGGACAGAGUCCACCUUUAAUCUCCAGACCCGCAACCCAUAUAAAGGGACGGCCAAUGACCGUCUCAGCCACAUGGAGGGCAUCUGUUCAGCUCCAGAGCCAGGUUUGCUACUUCCGGGCUGUGGGACCUGCGGCCAGGGGUUUUUCCGUCUGACUCUCAGUUUCCUCAAUUACAAUGAGGGCAGUUGAGGUCCUGCCUCGGGAUCAUUGUAGGGACUCAACGGGGGUCAUGUGAACAGUGUGUGACAGCCUAGCACUGAGCCCAGGUGGCACAUCUCCAACGGAGGGAAGUCGGGGGGCUGUGGCGGUGUGGGCAGGCCCAGGAGGUCUUCCCGGGUCCUCAGGGUGGCAGUGCCACCCCAGCCUCCUCGCCCGGACUCAUUUCUUCCACUGAACAGGGAGUUACCAACCCGAUCCUCGGGGCGCUGUGUCUACACAUCGUUUACAUGUGCAGAUAGCUUCAGUAAAUGCCAAACUGCCAUCCUG